AUGGCUUGUGUUUGGCCUGAAGCCACAUCAACUGUUAGGUACCAGGAUAGUUGGGAUUAUGAUUUGCCGGCUUCAGUUACUCCUUUAAACCCUGUACCCGAUGCUAGUGAAAGCAGCCCUUAUGGAGACCUUACAAGAGAAGAAUUUUACAAAAAUCACCAAAUUCUCCACAAAGAGAGCUUCAUGCUAAACCAACAAAACAUGAAAAUCUGCACCCAAUCAUGGAGACCCAAUUCCACCCUCCAACUCAAAGGCCUAGUGGCCAUGUUACAUGGCUACAACUCUGAAAGCAGCUGGCUCUUUGAGCUAACUGCCGUGGCCAUAGCCAAAGCUGGAUUCCUUGUUUGUGCAAUAGACCUCCAAGGCCAUGGCUAUUCAGACGGCUUACCUGGUCACAUCCCCAACAUUGAGCCCAUUGUAUGUGAUUGCGUACAAUUCUUUGACUCUAUUAAAGUUGACCACCCUAAGCUUCUACGUUUCAUUUAUGGUGAAUCACUUGGUGGUGCCAUUGCUAUUCUUCCCACAUGGCCCUUAGAAAAACUACUUCCUGUGGCUGCAUUCUUAGCACCCACAUGGAAAAUAGUGAUCUCAAAGCCUCUAGCUAGUAAAUCAUACAAGGAGGAGUGGAAGAGGAAAUUAGUUGUGAAAAAUCCAAACCAUAAGGCUUCAUGGGAAGCCGCCAAUGGCGACUGCAUUGGAAUUGUUGAGAGUUUCUGA